CCACUGGUCUUGCAAAGUCCAAUUCCAAUCCCCGCCUCCUUUCCUUGGUAGAUAUUAGAUAACAUCGCGGAGGCUCUUCGACCCCUUCCACCGUUUCCCGAAACCCCUUCCAUACCCCCACAAAAACCCCUGACCUUUUCCCCUCUCAUGGCCGAGAAGCUCUCCUUCUCCGUCCCUCUCCGCGUCCCAACUCCCCGUCCCUCCAAACCGCUCUUCCAAGACCCCGUCCCCGCCCCCUCCCCUCCUCUUCCCACCUCCCCUCCUCCUUCUCCCCUCGCCCCUCUCCUCCAAGACCUCUUCCGCCACCCUUCAACCCCCAAAGACGCCGCCUUUCCCUCUUCAUCCGCCUCCCCCUCCCUCCGCCGCCGCCGGCCGCCGUCCACCUCCCGGAAGCCCCUCCUCGGCAGGUCCCACGACCCCAACCGUGGCAAGCCCUGGGCCGUCAACCCCCGCGUCUCCCUCCGCGGUCACCACGCCCUCCACUCCCUCCUCCACUCCUCCGACGACCCCCCGGAUCUCGAUGAAAUCCUCCGACCCUUGGCCCCCUCCUCCGACCCCAACGCCACCGGCGGAGGCGUCGUCGAGUCCCUCCUCACCGACCUGCUCGGCAUCAUCGAAGGCCUGGCGUUCCACAAGAAGUGGGAAACCGCAAUCGAAGUCUUCAACUGGGCCCGCCGCACCUACGGCGACGCGCGGCUCUUCUCCGGCGGCGGCGGCCCUGUCGUACCCGUGGUCAUCAGUAUCCUUGGCCGAGAGGGCCGCCUUUCGGACGCCGCCGCCCUACAUCGAGCCCUCCAAGACCUGGGCUGCCCUGCCGACGUCUACACCUAUACCUCUUUGAUCACUGCGUAUGCCCGAAAUAGGAGGUACCGAGAGGCGGUUUCGGUGUUCCGGAGGAUGGAGGAAGAAGGCUGCCAGCCAACCCUCAUCACCUAUAAUGUGGUUCUCAAUGUCUAUAGUAAACUCUUCAUGCCAUGGAGCAAGGUUGUGGACCUUGUCAACGCCAUGAAGAAAGAUGGGAUUUUUCCUGACCGAUACACAUACAACACUCUCAUCAGCUGCUGCCGCCGUGGCUCGCUAUAUGAGGAGGCUACUGAUAUCUUCACUGAGAUGAAGUCGAUGGGUUGUUCGCCUGAUAAGGUGACUUACAACGUGUUGCUUGACGUUUAUGGGAAGUCUCGAAGGCAUGAGGAGGCGAUGAGUGUUCUUCGGGAGAUGGAAGCAAAUGGCUUCCCUCCGAGCAUUGUAACCUACAAUUCGUUGAUCUCAUCAUAUGCAAAAGAUGGGAUUUUGGAUGAGGCAAUGGAACUCAAGGAGCAGAUGGAGGCGAAGGGUAUUACACCCGAUGUCAUUACUUACACUACUCUGUUGUCCGGGUUUGAGAAGGCAGGAAAGGAUGAAUUUGCCAUGAGGAUUUAUGAAGAGAUGGAGAGCAAGGGGUGCAAACCGAAUCUGUGCACCUUCAAUGCUUUGAUCAAGAUGCAUGGCAAUCGGAGAAAGUUUGCGGAGAUGAUGAGAGUCUUUGAGGAGCUUAGGUCUAGUGGCUUUACACCAGAUGUAGUCACUUGGAACUCAUUGCUGGCUGUGUUUGGUCAGAAUGGGAUGGAUUCGGAGGUUUCAGGAGUGUUCAAGGAGAUGAAAAGAGCUGGUUUUGUGCCUGAGAGGGACACAUAUAAUACCUUGAUCAGUGCCUAUAGCCGAUGCGGCUCAUUUGACCAAGCUAUGGAAAUAUAUAAGCGGAUGCUUGCUGCUGGCAUUGGGCCAGAUCUUUCCACUUACAAUGCUGUAUUGGCUGCAUUGGCUCGUGGAGGACUUUGGGAACAAGCAGAGAACAUACACUCUGAGAUGAAGGAUGGACGUUGUAAGCCCAAUGAGCUCACUUACUGCUCAUUGCUGCAUGCUUAUGCCAAUGCAAAGAAAUUGGAUCGUAUGCAUGAUAUGUCAGAUGAUAUAUAUGCGAGGAAAAUACAGCCACACAACAUGCUUUUGAAAACACUAGUGUUAGUCAACAGCAAGAGCGAUCUCCUAGCUGAAACAGAACGGGCUUUCUUGGAGCUGAGGAAAAGAGGUUGUUCCCCUGACAUUACUACUUUAAAUGCGAUGGUAUCUAUCUAUGGUAGGAGGCAAAAUGUUUUGAAAGUAGAUAAGAUAAUGAAAUUCAUGAGGGCAAAUGGUUUUACACCAACCUUGACUACAUACAAUUGCCUGAUCAAUAUGUAUAGUCGGUUAGGAAACUCUGAGAAAUGUGAAAUGAUUCUUAGGGAAAUCAAGUUGAAAGGUGGGUGUCCUGAUCUUUAUUCUUAUAACACUGUCAUUUAUGCCUAUGGCAAGCAGGGUCGUAUGAAAGAUGCCUCAAGGAUAUUCUCGGAGCUGCAGGCUUCAGGUCUAAGGCCUGAUAUUGUCACCUAUAAUACUUUUGUUGCAAGUUAUGUAGCAAAUUCUAUGUUCGUAGAAGCUAUUGAUGUAGUUCGCUAUAUGAUCAAGCAUGGUUGCAAGCCACAUGAGAGCACAUACAACUCUGUAGUAGAUGGGUUUUGUAAACAAGGGAGGAAGGAUGAAGCAAACUCAUUCAUAUGUAACCUUCAGCAGCUCAAUCCUGCCAUUUCUAAGGAUGAACAGCAUAGGUUAUUGGAACGAUUGUCUAAAAGCUUUUCAUGAUUGUGGAAGAGGUUGGAAUGAGCAUGGAUGCACAUGCAACAGAAUUGAUGAUGUGUGCCUUAAGAUGGGCAAAAGGAUGGAAUGGCUUUACUUAUUAUCACUCUCAACUGUGAGGUCCCAGCAAUUUUGAGGAUGGAGAUUACGGAUUAUUUGAGCAUAUAGGACUGCAGGAGCCACUUGGAAGUUGAGUCAAGGAUGCAUCCUGAAUCUUUUAAAGCAUUGUACGUAUUUGAUCUUCACCAUGUAUGAGCUAUUUGCAUGCUAUUUAUUCCACAUAAAGAUAUCUUUUCUUGUAAGUUAUAUGCUCUUUACUUGUCUUGCACUGCAAUGUAAAUAAUACAGGAGAUGAUUUUUUAAAUUUUAUGUGCAUGGUAUUCUUUAUAUGGGUUCUGUAGUUUGGGGACAGAAGACACUGAAUCCAAUAGGAAUAUGCAAUA